CGCACCAUAGCUUUUAAAAUGCUAAUGAUUCUGGGAUGACAUCAUUAGAUGCUUACAAAAUUGUUUUAAGUGCAUGAUAUUUUUAUAAAAGAGUGUUUCAAUUACACCAGAAACCUAUCUAGAGUUCACAAAUUUUAAGAGCUUCUUCAAUGUCCAUAAUGUUCCAGCUACCGUCUUUUACUUCAAUCUUUACCUGUUUCUUCUUCCUUCUGGCACUGGUGGCAUAUUGGAAGAGAAAUAAAGCCCGAAGUGCCAUCCUGAAGUCACCACCAGGGCCGUGGAAGCUUCCUCUUAUAGGGAACUUGCAUCAAUUAAUUACCUCAGGAUCAUUACCUCAUUCUUCCUUGAGAGAUUUAGCAAAGAAGCAUGGACCUGUUAUGCAGCUACAGUUGGGUGAGGUAUCGGCUGUGAUCAUUUCAUCACCAGAAGCAGCUAGACAGGUAUUGAAAACACAUGAACUUUGUUUUGCGCAAAGGCCUGACUUUUAUGUGAGUGAAUUUCUCUCAUAUGAUUAUUCAGGCAUUCUUGCCUCUCCCUAUGGCGAUUGCUGGAGACAAAUGAGAAAAAUUUGUGUAUUGGAACUUCUAACUGCUCAGCGAGUUCACUCAUUUAGAUCAGUAAGAGAAGAAGAGGUAUGGAAUCUUAUUGAAACUCUUUCUUCGUCCAACGGGCUUCCCGUCAAUCUCAGCAAGAAUUUAUUCGCCAUGACAAAUACUGUAAUUUCUAGAGUAGCAUUUGGAGAAAAGUGCAAAGGUCAAGAUGAGUUCAUAUCUCUGGUUAAGGAGAUAAUGGUGCUUAGUUCAGGUUUUAAUGUGCCAGAUUUGUACCCUUCACUUAAAUUUGUUGCUUCAAUCAAUGGGAUGAAGACUACCUUGAAGAGACUAUACCAAAAGAGGGACAACAUUCUUCAGGAUAUCAUUGAUGAUCAUAAGAUGAACAUGAUAACCGCUAGCACCGCCAAUGACUCCUCAUGCAAGGAAGAUCUUGUUGAUGUUCUCCUAAAACUUCAGAAGUCGAGUGACCUCAAAAUUGAGAUCACAACCAAGCACAUCAAAGCUGUCACUUCGGAAAUCUACCUUGCAGGGGGUGAGACUGCAGCAACAACCUUAGAAUGGGCAAUGUCAGAGUUGCUUAGAAAUCCAAAGGUAAUUGAGAAGGCACAAGCUGAAGUGCGCAAGGUCCUAGAAGGAAAGAGGAAAAUUGAAUAUACAGACAUUCAGAAGUUAGAUUAUGUGAAAUUAGUUGUUAAAGAAACUUUACGAUUACAUCCUCCUGCAACCUUAAUCCCAAGGGGAUGUAGGGAGAGAUGUGAAAUCAAUGGAUAUGACAUACCUACUAAAACCAAAGUUAUUGUCAAUGUGUGGGCUUUAGGGAGAGAUCCAGAUUAUUGGGUUAAUGCCGAUUGCUUUCAGCCAGAGAGGUUCCAUGGUUCUUCUGUUGAUUUUAAAGGGAAUGACUUUGAAUUCCUUCCAUUUGGGGCUGGAAGAAGGAUGUGUCCAGGCAUAACAUUUGGUAUUGCAAUUAUUGAACUUGCACUUGCUCAAUUGCUAUAUCACUUUGACUGGAAACUACCAAAUGAAGUCAAACCAGAAGAACUUGACAUGACUGAGAAUUUUGGAUCAACCUGUAGGAGAAAGAAUGAUUUGUAUUUAAAUGUUACUCCUCGUAUUCCCUUUCUUAUGGAGACAUGUAGUCAAUAGGAUGUACAUCUAAAGGUAUCUGACAUGGUACCUAGUUUUAAGUGUCUGUUUGACAUUAAUGGAGUAUGUUUAGUUUGGGUGGUAUGGCAAAUAAACAAAUUUUAAGAGAAUAAAGAAGAUAAACUUCUAUCUUCAUUUGAA